GGUGGAGGACCUCGGAGUUGUUGUUGUUGUUCAUUUUUUUUUAUUAUUUAUUCCUGGUUUUGUCGGGAGAGCCGCCACCGGGCAUGGAGGAUGUAAAAGACCCGCCGACCGUGCACCGGUCCUCCUCCUUCAGCAUCAAGAGCCUCCUGCUGCCCUCCAAGUGCGAGCGUGCGGACUCCGCGAUGGUCGCGAUCCACGGAGCCCCGUGUCCCUCCCCGGGCUCCGACUGCGAGAAGUCUCUGGACCCCCCGGAGGUGGACUCCGCGGCCUCCACGCUCCUAGAGCCGGAGAAACCGGGCAAGAAAAACGGGAAGUACGACAAGCCUCCGUUCAGCUACAACGCGCUGAUCAUGAUGGCCAUCCGGCAGAGCCCCGAGAAGCGGCUCACGCUCAACGGCAUCUACGAGUUCAUCAUGAAGAACUUCCCGUACUACCGGGAGCACAAGCAGGGCUGGCAGAACUCCAUCCGGCACAACCUCAGCCUCAAUAAGUGCUUCGUUAAGGUGCCCCGGCACUACGACGACCCGGGCAAGGGCAACUACUGGAUGCUGGACCCGAGCAGCGACGACGUGUUCAUCGGCGGGACCACCGGGAAGCUCCGCCGGCGCUCCGCCACCUCUCGGGGCAAGCUGGCGAUGAAGCGCGGUUUGCGCUUCGCUCCUCUCGGGCUGGGCAUCAACGAGCGGAGCAGCAACCCGCUGUACUGGCAGCUGUCCCCGUUCCUGUCCCUGCACCACCACCACCACCAUCACCCGCACUACAACGGCUCGUCCGCCGGCUUCCUGAACCAGGCGGCUGGCUACGGCUCGUUGCUGCCCGCCGUGGAGCAGCUGAGUAACGGGGAGCUGGGCCGCUCGCUGCCGCUGGGCCUGACGAACAGUUACGGGAUGAGCUCGUCGCCGGUCGGGCUGCUGUCUGGUCAGCCCGGGUACUUCGUGUCGGGGAGCCAGCAGCCUCCCCAUCUCCCGCAGGGCGCGCCGGGCUUCGGCGGCUCCCCGCAGGCGCUGCUCUCGGACUCGCUCAGAAACAGCUCGCUACCGGCCUUCUCCCCCGGCGUGUCCGCGGGGUUCCCCGGGGUGCUGUCCCACCAAAAGAGGGUGACCCCUAACGCGUUCCUAAACUGA